AUGCCCCCUCCCAGGGUUGCCAUGGCAGAGGUGGAGGCAGGGGCAGCAGUGGAGGUCUGUGGACUGUCCCCCAAUGUGUCUGAUGAGCUGCUCACUCUCUACUUCGAGAACCGCCGACGGUCUGGUGGGGGGCCUGUCUUGAGCUGGCAGAGACUUGGCUUUGGGGGCAUCCUCACCUUUCGAGAGCCUGCAGACGCUGAGAGAGUCUUGGCCCAGGCAGAGCACGAAUUACAUGGUGCCCAGCUAAGCCUGCGGCCAGCUCCUCCACGUGCCCCUGCACGACUGCUGUUCCAAGGACUGCCCCCUGGCACUGCACGCCUCCUUCUGGAGCAGCAUGUCCAGGCCCUGCUACAUGCUGCGGGUCUCCCAGUGCAGCCCUGUUGUGCCCUGGCCAGCCCCCGGCCAGACCGGGCCCUGGUCCAGCUGCCCAAGCCCCUUUCUGAGGCAGAAGUCCGUGUUUUGGAGGAGCAGGCCCAGAAUCUGGGCUUCAAGGGGGCCAUGGUGUCCCUGGCCCAGGUGCCCCAGGCCCGAGCAGUGCGUGUGGUGGGGAGCAACCCCCCCAUGGACCUCCUGCUGCUGGAGCUGUACCUGGAGAAUGAGCGCCGCAGCGGUGGGGGGCCCCUGGAGGGCCUGCGCGUCCUACCAAGGCAUUUGGGCACUGUCGUCUCCUUCCAGCAGUGGCAGGUGGCUGAACGGGUGCUGCAGCGGGACCACUGGUUACAGGGCUCGAAGCUGAGCCUUGUCCCCCACUACGACAUACUAGAGCCCGAGGAGCUUGCUGAGGACACCAGUGGAGGGGACCACCUGUCCAAGCUGGGGCCUGGGGCCACCAAGCAUGCUCUCCUGAAGGCUGGAGGGCUGGCAAGGGCACUGAAGGGUACAGAGACUGUGACAGUGGGCUCUAGAGAGACCCCAGCGCAAUCCGGGGCCUCUCUGAAGACAAGUCCAGUGGGGUCUCUGGGAGAGGAUGGGCCAGUCAGCUCAGGGACCAGGGGGUCUCUGGAGCAGGAGGGGUCCAUGAGCCUGGGGACUGUGGGAUAUCCAGAGAAGGCUGAGCUGGUGAGCCUGGGGUCCAUGGGGUUUCCUGCCCUGGGGCAGGAGGGCCUGGUGGAAAUUGCCAUGGGUUCACCAGGGCAGGAGGGGAUAGUGGGUCCAGUGGAGAUCACUGUGGAGUCUCUGGAGAAGGCAGGGCCGGUGAGCCCAGGGCACGUGGGGCUGCCGGGGCAGGUAGAGACGGUGCUGUCGAUGGAGCCCGGGGCGAUGCGCUUCCUGCAGCUCUAUCAUGAGGACCUUCUUGCUGGCCUGGGAGACGUCGCCCUCUUCCCACUUGAAGGAACAGAUGUGACUGGCUUUCGGCUCUGUGGAGCCCUGGCUCCAUGCCAGGCAGCUGAAGAGUUCCUGCAAAGUCUGCUGGGCAGCAUUAGUUGUCAUGUGCUGAGCCUGAAGCACCCAGGCAGCGCCAGGUUUCUCCUGGGCCCAGAAGGGCAGCGCCUUCUUCAGGGACUGGAGGCUCAGUUCCAGUGUGUCUUUGGGACAGAGCGUCUGGCCAGGGCCACCCUGGACACAGACCCUGAAGAGGUGGACUCCACUGAGGCCCUCCUGAGCCUUCCUGGUGGUGCCCACACCCUGUGGCCCCCAGACAGUGCAGGCAAUGACCAGGAGAACAUGAGCCUGGAGGAGGUCCGAGAACUGCUGGCCACCCUGGAGGGCCUGGAUGGGGAAGACUGGCUGCCUCUAGAGCUGGAGGAAGAGGAGCUUGAAGAACAGCCAAAGGAGGAGGCAACUCCAGGACAUGAGGAGGGGGAUCCUGUGGCUCCCAGCACUGGGGCACCUGGACGGCUGGAGGAAGAGGCCGCACUGCAGCUGGCCCUCCACCGGUCAUUGGAACCUCAAAGCCAGGUGGCUGAGCAGGAGGAGGCUUCUGCGCUACAGCGAGCCCUGGCCCUCUCCUUGCUGGAGCAGCCCCUGUCAGAGGUAGAAGAGCCCCCAGGUGGGGCGACUGGUGGCAGAGCCCAGCUGGUGGUGCACAUGGCCUUUGAGCAGGACAUAGAUGAGCUGGACCGGGCACUAGAGGCUGCCUUGGAGGAACACCUCUGGGAAGAGACAGCGGGUCCUCAGAGCCACAUGCUGCCCGCAGAGCUGUGUGCUCGCCUUGAGCAGUGCCAUGGUGUGAGCAUUGCCCUGCGUGGGGACUGCACCAUCCUCCGUGGCUUUGGGACCCAACCUGCCCGUGCAGCCCGCCACUUAGCUGCACUUCUGGCAGGCCCCUGGGAUCAGAGUUUGGCCUUUCCCUUGGCAGCUUCAGGCUCUACCUUCCCAGAGCAGGGCCUGAAGGAGCCCUUAAGCAGGUUGGAGCAAUUGGAAGAGAGCACUAGGGAGUUCCAGGAGGUGGUGCAGGCCUUCUACGACACCUUGGACGCUGUCCGCAGCAAGAUCCGCAUUGUCCGGGUGGAGCGUGUGUCGCACCUACUGCUGCAGCAGCAGUAUGAGCUGCACCGGGAGCGCCUGCAGCAGCGCUGUGACCGGCGCCCAGUGGAGCAAGUCCUGUACCACGGCACAACAGCGACGGCCGUGCCUGACAUCUGCGCACAUGGCUUCAACCGCAGCUUCUGUGGCCGCAACGGCACGCUCUAUGGACAGGGUGUGUACUUCGCCAAGCGCGCCUCCUUGUCGGUGCAGGACCAAUACUCGCCCCCCAACGCCGACGGCCACAAAGCGGUGUUCGUAGCACGGGUGCUGACCGGAGACUAUGGGCAGGGCCACCGCAGUCUGCGGGCGCCCCCGCUGCGGGCCUCCGGCCACGUCCUCCUGCGCUACGACAGCGCCGUGGACAGCCUCGGCCAGCCCAGCAUCUUCGUCAUCUUUCACGACACCCAGGCGCUGCCCACCCACCUCAUCACCUGCGAGCACAUGCCCCGGGCUUCCCCAGAGGACCCCUCUCGUCUCUUGGGCCACUCCCCGGCGACUUGACCAAAGAGGCCACCCUCUGGCGUCCUGCUCCCCAGGUUCUCACUCCAAUCUGCUCUCCUUCCUCUGGGGACACCCCUGCCUCUUGCUGCGCCGCCGGGCGGGGUGGGGGGCAAGGCGACGGCAGGGGACGAGGAGAGCGGGGGCGGUCCUGCCUUGCCGACCCAACCACCAGGGGUCAGCAGAGCCCAGAGCCCCGGCCGCCACCACCCGUCUUGGCCACACCUUGCCCGA